AGAAUGAGUGUUUACGAAUUAUAUUUAGAUAAUGCAUAAUGAUAUCAAUAAUUUCGUGCCAUCGCUUUUAAACCCCAGGACUAUAAAUAAAGAAAAAUUUUCGUUGACUCAGAACUCAACAGUCAGUCGUUGUUCAUUGUCCUUAAAAAGAAACAUUGGCUUAGCUAAUAGGGAUACUAAUCGUACUGUUCCUGCAAAGAAAAAGUUAUUCAGCCAAGACAACAGAAGACAGUGUAACACCCAAAAUACAUCACUUUAUGCAAAAUCUAUUAGUACCCUUGUAGAUUUAGACUUAUCCGGAUUUGAAGAAGAAAAAGAGAAUAGCAACCAUGUAAAUCCUAUAUUUAAGAAUCUUGCUACUAAGCAGCUUUCUUUUUUCAACAAUGUUGAUUUGGCCGAUGCCAGCACUGUACAUAUAUCGUCAGAUGAUCUGCAAACACAAGCACACGGGGAUAUCACAAAUUGGGAUCUAAGAAAUGAAUUUCUUACAAGUACUGCAACUAAUAAACUGACUCAGGAAAAAUGCAGCCUUGAUUUCUCUGUUUUCGAAGACCUACAACCCAUUUCAGACGCUAAUCAACUCAAGAAAAUAGAAAUUCAAAAUGUAGUCUGUAAUCAUUCUUUGAAAAGUGGUUCUUCUGCCACUGAACUACACAGAUGCGAAGACACAAUACUUCACGAUCUAAACGAAGAAUCUCAUGUCUCAAUCUCAUUUGGUAUACAAGACUGUGAAUUCGUCGAUCUGACCACGAAAAACUCUAAUAUUAAGAAAGUAUCUAUUUCGCAUAAGGAUAAUUUUUUUAAUUUAGAUUGUGAGAUAGUGGAAUGUACUCCUCUUUCCUCUGAGAGCGAGUACGACGAAAACAUGAACGAGACAACUAAUACUUCUCAAAAGAGGUCUGGCGUGGCUGUCAACCUAGAAAUUAAAAAUAAAAAACUGGCAACUGACGCACUGGCAACUGACGCACAAAACUCUAAAGUUCUUAUUUUGAAAACAGAUGCCAUUGAGAAACUGUCGCACGUCAUUGUUCAGCCGCAAAAUUGUAAAUUAGUGAAACGUCAUUUGAAUAAUAGUAUAUUUGGUAGCAGCAAAAAUUAUUUUGGUAUUAGAAAGAAUGGGAAAAGUGCUAAGUUGAAACAAAAGUCGAUAACUUCGUUUUUCGCUAAAGACUGUAAAGAGGCACCUAGUGAUACCACGCAAGAUGUUGCGAUAGUCGAGAAUGAUGCUGUGGAAAUGAGCAAGAUCACAGGUGUGUCUGAUUCCAAGUGCAGCCGCCCUUACAGACCAGAGUGGAAAGGCGAACCAUCCCCACGAUGUCGUGUGGCCUCCGCUCCCAAGCACCCCGAGAGUCGCUCCCGGGGCAAACAGAACAGCGCGCGGUCAAUCUCGCCCCUCAAGCGUUUGGAGCCGUUCACCCUGUCAGCUAAGACCAAGUCAACUAGGACCCUUGGCUCGGCGAAGGCUGUUCCGCAUUACAUGAUCGUGGCCGGCACUCAUUUCGCCGUGGACGCUUUUUCAUACGGAGACAUACCUAGCGUGAAGCAUUAUUUCUUGACGCACUUCCAUUCCGAUCAUUACUCUGGACUUAAGAAAAAUUUCAGUAAAUUAUUGUAUUGCUCUAAAAUCACAGGUGAUUUGUGCGUAUCCCGAUUAGGAGUGAACCCGAAAUGCAUCCAUAUCCUCAACCUGGAAGAGACAACGAGGAUCGAGGGGGUCGAGGUCACCGCUGUCGAUGCGAACCACUGUCCCGGCGCGGUGAUGCUGUUCUUCUGCUUACCCAACGGGAUGACCAUCCUCCACACAGGGGACUUCAGAGCAACACCGGCCAUGGAGUCCUACCCCGUCUUCUGGAACAGCGACGUUCACACCAUCUACCUCGACACUACUUAUUGCAACCCCCGCUACGACUUCCCGACGCAAGAGCAAAGCCUAGAGAUGGCGCUGUCUUUCCUGCGGGCGAAGAAAACUGCGCUGGAGAAAUCAGGCAAAAAGUUCUCCUCCGUACUCAUCGUCUGUGGCACUUAUACUAUAGGUAAAGAGAAGUUUUUCCUCGGCAUGGCGCGGCGCGUCGGAUGCUCUGUGUGGGCUUGUCCCGAAAAGGAUAAGGUACUUCAAACGGUGGAGGGGCGCAGUUUCAGCACCUCGCCGCCGCACUUGUGCCAAUUGCACGCGGUUCCGAUGAGAGAUCUCAGCCACGAGAAACUGAAGAGCUACUUGGAGAGUUUGAACGGCGCAUUCACCGAGGUGGUGGCCUUCAAGCCGAGCGGGUGGGAGAACGGCAAAAACACCACCGUAGAGAAGGACAUGGUCACCAUACACGGCAUUCCAUACAGCGAGCAUUCCAGCUUUUCGGAACUAAUCCGCUUCGUCAAGUUUCUGAAGCCGAAGCAAGUCGUACCAACCGUCGACAUCUCCGGCGGAGUCAAAGCUGUGCAGAAGUACUUCCCCUGUCCCCUGGUGUUCCACGACGAGGCCCACAACCAGAGCAAAGUGACUGACUACUUCAGCAUAGAAAAUCGACAACAGGUCCCCGCUGUUACUUGAUAUCACGGCUGGGACGCUUACGUGCCGCUUCCGA